AAGAAAAAGGAAGUAUUGUUGGUAGAUGUGGUGGAAGGAAGCAUGAAAGAAUCUAGGGCACUUAAAGUUGUUGAUCCGUUGAAUAAAGAUAUUAACAACGAAAACAAACAGUCUUUUCUUGAAAAGGAGAUUCGUCAAGAAAAAUUAUCGAAUAAGGAAAAGAAAAUUAAAGAAAAAUAUCCAGAAAAAGUUCUGACAACAGACAGACCAACCGAAGAAAGAAUAGAGAAGGGAAAGAAAGGCAAAUCCUCCAAAAGAAAGGGAAAGAAAUCUAAAGAUGCAGGCCGGAAGAUGCCUCCUCUACCUUCAUUACAAUCCAUUAAUCAACAAAAUAAUUUGGAGAAAAACGAAACAGAUGAAGAUUUUCUUACAAGUCCUUGCUCGACUGUAUCUUCUCCACCUGCUUUACCGCCCUCUUGUUCAUCAUCAACGACAUUUCCACAAGCGCUAGUGAGAAGAGACGAACAAAGUGCUCGACAAAACUCUUCCUCGAUCGGUCGAAUGAUUGGACGCUGGCGGCAUACAACUGGUGGUAUACAAUUACGUAAUAUAACUCUUUCCGGAGUUAAACUUGCGCUUGGAAUUCGUUCAGAUGGUCGGGAAGCUUUCCGAACCUCAUCUGUACAACUUGGUGAUAACAGAAGAUACAAUAUGGAAGAAGUGCUCCCGCUUAUUCACUACAGGCCUCUUUACCAAAAUCUUAUACGUUCACUUCAUUUUUCUCCUGCUUCACAUUCUCUAAUUUCUUUGAUGCAGUGUCUUCCAAUUGAUAUAGAAAAUUUGGCGAAACCUUUGAUGAAGAUUUUCAUUCAUUCCAAUCAAAUACGUCAAUUCUUUCGAUUAAUUUGCUUUGAAUACCUCUCCAAUUGCAGUGAUGUAAAUACAUUGUUUCGGAGUCAAUCGCUUGCCUCAAAAGUUAUGUAUGAAAUGAUGAAAUGUGUUGGUCACAAGUACUUGGUCGUCACAUUAAUGCCACUUAUUGACUUGAUUUUUGCCGAAAGGAAACCCUGCGAAAUUGAUCCAUCGAAGCUGAGACAAGGGGAAUCUCUUGAUCAAAACUUGCAUAACAUAACUGUCUAUGCAGAGUUCGCGUUCACCGGAGUUGUAGACUCGUCCCAGCGAUGUCCAUCCGCGUUGCGCGAACUUUUUGCUGAGUUAAGAGAUGUUGUUGAACAAUUUUUCCCAGGCAGGGAUGAUGUUGGACGUUUAGCACUUUCUUCAUUCCUCAUUUUACGUUUCUUUGCAGCUGCUAUUCUAAACCCAAAACUUUUUGCUUUGAAGAUGGCUACACCGGACGUAAAUGUUUCUCGUACAUUGGUUCUUGUCUCAAAGAUUCUUCAACGGGUUGCAAAUUGUGUUGUUUCUGCUAAUCCUCCAACAAUUAAAGAGCAAUGGUUGGCGCCUGUGAUGGAUCAUUUCUUGGAUGAAGCGCAUAACAAAGCAAUGAUUGAUUUUUUAGACGAAAUCUCUACGUCAUUUACGGAAACAGAAGAGGGGGGAGGUGUUAAUACAAAUUCUCAAGGUGCUAUAGUUAACGAUGAAUCGGAUGCAUUUUCUUCAUCAACAAACAUAUCGUCGUCUCCUGUAAUGGAUAUUGAGAAGGAACUACAUAUUGUUUACAGCCAAAUUGCUGAUCAUUUAGAUACGCUUUGUAGUAUGGGUUGGUGCUGUCGAUAUGGAUGCUCUUGUUGUUCUGAUACGAUUGUCCAGUAA